AUGGGUAUUGGAAUGGGCUUGGCCAGUGGUGUGGCGGCCACAAUCAAUGCAGCGUUGUUUCAAAGCAGUGGCGGUGGUUCCCAUAAUAACGGUCCGAUUGCAAAAGCCCCGGGUCAUUCGCCCACUGUGACUGCGGCCGUAGCGGCCAGUAUGCGACCGAGGCCACUGAAGGAUCUGGGUAUUCACCAGGUCGAGAGUUCAGACGGGACUCACGUUUAUCAAAGUCGAUCUGCACGACAAGCAAGACAACGUGAAGAAGAGCUGGAACGUGUUCGUCGUGAAGCCGAAGCCAAAGUGCUGGCAUUACAAGCCACUGUAGGUGGCCGACGACGUCGACGAGGUCGUGAACGGGACCGCAGACCACGUGAACUCGGUAACGGGGAUAUGGCAGGGGACUGGCAUAAUGGUCAGGCGGAAUACGGUUCUUCACUGGAACGUGAACGGGUACACGGCACACGACAUGGUUCUCCACCACCGGUAGGACCGGUAACUCACCGCUACGCAAUGCCAGACGAUUAUGGAGAUACGGGUGAUCGGUACGGAUCUGGCGGUCACGAGGACGGUUAUGCAAAGAGUAGGCAACCGGUCACUAAUAUGGUUCGUGCCUGUCCACCAGAUGAUUAA